CCCAAGAAUUCAACUUUUCAUCAUUCAAUAUUUUUUCUUUCAGUAUCCCCCUUUUAGUUACUUGCAUUAAUCCUCAAAGAUGGGUAUUCAAUUGAUUGGACUAUCUCAUGCCAAGCAAAAGCUUCAAAGAAGCUUAUCAGCAAAAAUCGCAAGCCUCUUGGCCAUGUCGGGUACUAAUAAUGUCCUAAAGGGUCAUGUGGCCGUCUACGUGGGGGAGACUUACCAAAGGAAGAGAUUCGUGAUACCUAUUAUAUCAUAUUUAAACCAUCCAUUGUUCCAAGGUUUGUUGAACCUCGCAGAAGAAGAGUUCGGGUUUGACCAUCCGAUGGGAGGUUUAACCAUUCCUUGCACUGAAGAUUACUUCACUUCUCUAGCUUCGGUUCUAAGUGGUUCAUGAUAUGGAGUUCACUGAUCAUCACAAUAUUCAUUAUGGGGUUGAUUGGUAGAGACUGUAGCUUUGGAUUUUUUGCUUUAAGAUUUAAGCCGUAGAUUUUGUGGCUUUAGUUUUAAAUUUUAUUUCAAAGUUUUAAAAACACUAAACCUAAAGCUGUAGAAAAAUUGA